UUAUCAUUUAAAAACUGUUGUAUUUAAUUUCCAAUAUGAAAAUUAGCCUUUUCCUAGUCAAAUGUUUAUCAGAAAUGCUUACCUUUGAAAAAUUUUGUGAAUUUUGGCCAUUAUUUUCCAACUAUCUUCUGUUUGUAUCAGAACUAGAAAAUCCUGAGAAACUUAAAGCCUUCAAUUCUUCUGCAUGGUACUUUUCUCUGUGCUGGAGCCGACCCUCCGGCUAUGUGGAUAGGUAUCAUGUGGAUCUUGUUCCUGACAGUGGCUUUGUUACUAUCAAAGAUCUUGGAGGUGGAGAAUAUCAGGUUGAUAUUUCCAAUGCUGUUCCUGAUACGAGGUAUGACACAACCAUCUCUUCUAUUUCUGCUACAACAUAUAGCUCACCUGUUAGUAGGACAGUGACGAAUGUUACAAAACCAGGGCCUCCAGUCUUCCUAGCUGGGGAGAGAGUUGGAUCUGCUGGGAUUCUUCUUUCUUGGAACACUCCACCUAACCCGAAUGGAAGGAUUAUAUCUUACAUCGUUAAAUAUAAGGAGGUAUGCCCGUGGAUGCAAACGGUGUACACACAAGUCAGGACAAAACCAGACAGUCUGGAAGUUCUUCUUACUAACCUUAAUCCUGGAACAACAUAUGAAAUUAAGGUUGCUGCUGAAAACAGUGCUGGCAUUGGAGUAUUUAGCGAUCCCUUUCUUUUCCAGACUGCAGAAAGUGCACCAGGAAAGGUGGUCAAUCUCACAGUUGAGGCCUUCAACUACUCAGCUGUAAACCUGAUUUGGUAUUUACCUCGGCAACCAAAUGGCAGAAUUACCAGCUUCAAGAUUAGUGUCAAACAUGCCAGGAGUGGGAUGGUAGUGAAAGACGUCUCUGUCAGAGUAGAGGACAUCUUGACUGGGAAACUCCCAGAAUGUAAUGAAAAUAGUGACUCUUUUCUGUGGAGUACAUCCAGCCCUUCUCCAACCCUUGGUAGAAUCACGCCUCCAUCACGUACCACAUAUACAUGGAGCUCCUUGUCGCGGAGUAGGAUCAGCUCUGUGUGGAAAGAGCCUAUCAGUUUUGUAGUGACACAUUUGAGACCGUAUACAACCUAUCUUUUCGAAGUUUCAGCUGUUACAACUGAAGCAGGUUAUAUUGAUAGUACCAUUGUCAGAACACCAGAAUCAGUGCCUGAAGGACCACCACAAAACUGUAUAGCGGGCAAUGUCACAGAAAAGUCCUUUUCAAUUUCAUGGGACCCACCAAGUGUAGUAACAGGAAAGUUUAGUUAUAGAGUUGAAUUAUAUGGGCCAUCAGGUCAGAUUUUGGAUAAUAGCACAAAAGACCUUAAAUUUGCAUUCACUAACCUAACACCAUUUACACUGUAUGAUGUUUAUGUUGCUGCUGAAACCAGUGCAGGGGUUGGACCCAAGUCAAAUCUUUCCAUAUUCACUCCUCCAGAUGUUCCAGGUGCAAUAUUUGAUUUACAACUAGCAGAGGUAGAAGCCACGGAAAUUAGAAUUACUUGGAGAAAACCACGACAACCAAAUGGAAUCAUUAACCAAUAUCGAGUGAAAGUGUUGGUUUCAGAGACUGGUGUAGUUUUGGAAAAUACCUUGCUCACAGGAAGAGAUGAGUUUAUAAAUGACCCCAUGUCUCCAGAAAUGAUGAACAUAGUGGAACCGAUGAUAGGAUUUUAUGAGGGUUCGGCAGAAAUGUCUUCUGAUCUGCACUCACUGGCUUCGUUUGUGUAUAACAAUUAUCUACAUAAUAACUUUCCUGUAAGGAGUAGAGCUGAUGACCAGCAUUCCCUCAUUGUAACCACAAGGAAUCAGUAUAUCACUGACAUUGCUGCCGAACAGCUGUCUUACGUUAUCAGGCAACUUGCACCUUUCACUGAGUACAUGAUUAGUGUAUCUGCUUUCACCAUCAUGGGGGAAGGACCACCAACGGUUCUCAAUGUUAGGACUCGUGAACAAGUGCCAAGCUCCAUUCAAACUAUAAACUAUAGAAAUAUUAGUUCUUCAUCUAUUUUGCUAUACUGGGAUCCUCCUGAAUAUCCCAAUGGAAAAAUAACUCAUUAUACCAUUUAUGCAAUGGAACUGGAUACAAACAGAGCAUUCCAGAUGACUACUGUAGAUAACAACUUUCUCAUAACAGGGCUAAAGAAAUACACAAAAUACAAAAUGAGAGUGGCUGCCUCUACUCAAGUUGGGGAAAGUUCUUUGUCUGAAGAAAAUGAGAUCUUUGUGAGAACUCCAGAAGAUGAGCCAGAAUCACCACCUCAAGAUGUUGAAGUAAUAGAUGUAUCUGCAAGUGAAAUAAGGUUAAAGUGGUCACCGCCUGAAAAACCCAAUGGGAUUAUUGUUGCUUAUGAAGUGCUCUAUAAAGAUAUAGAUAAUUUGCUUAUAAAGAACACCUCGACAACAAGUAUAACUUUAAGGGACUUAAAACCUUAUACCCUCUAUAACAUUUCUGUCAGGUCAUAUACCAAAUUUGGUCAUGGCAAUCAGUCAUCUGCAUUACUGUCUAUAAGAACCUCUGAGACUGUGCCCAGUAGUGCACCAGAAAAUGUUACUUACAAAAAUAUUUCUUCUGGAGAAAUUGAGAUAUCAUUCCUUCCCCCACAUAGUCCCAAUGGAAUUAUACAAAAAUAUACAAUUUAUCUCAAGAGAAGUAAUGGAAUUGAGGAAAGAAGUAUAAAUACCACCUCUUUGACCCAGAACAUAAAAGGGCUGAAGAAAUAUACCCAAUAUGUAAUUGAGGUUUCUGCUAGUACACACAAAGGUGAAGGACUUCGAAGUGCACCAAUAGGCGUAUUGACUGAGGAAGAUGGUAAAUAUAGUACUCCUGAUUCUCCCCCUCAAGAUUUCUCUGUAAAACAGUUGUCUGGUGUCACGGUGAAGUUGUCAUGGCAACCACCUCUGGAGCCAAAUGGAAUUAUCCUCUAUUACACAGUUUAUGUCUGGGAUGUAUCAUCACUUAAAACUAUUAAUGCAACUGAAACAUCAUUAGAGUUUUCAGAUUUGGACUACAAUGUUGAAUAUAGUGCCUAUGUAACAGCUAGCACCAGAUUUGGCGAUGGAAAAACAAGAAGCAGUAUCAUUAACUUUCGAACACCAGAGGGAGCACCCAGUGAUCCUCCCAGGGAUGUUCAUUAUGUAAAUCUCAGUUCUUCAUCAAUAAUUCUCUUUUGGACACCUCCUUCAAAGCCUAAUGGGAUCAUACAAUAUUAUUCUGUUUAUUAUAGAAAUACUUCAGGUACUUACAUGCAGAAUUUUACACUCCAUGAAGUAACCAAUGAGUUUGGCAAUGUGACCGUUUCUGCAAUAAUAGAUGAAUUGGCAAUAUUCAGCUACUAUACAUUUUGGUUAACAGCAAGUACUUCAGUUGGAAAUGGGAAUAAAAGCAGUGACAUAAUUCAAGUGUAUACAGAUCAAGACAUACCCGAAGGGCUUGUUGGAAACCUGACUUACAAGUCUAUUUCGUCAACUGCGAUAAAUGUAAGCUGGGUCCCACCGUCUUACCCAAAUGGUCUCGUCUUCUACUAUGUUUCACUGAACUUACAACAGAUUCCUCGCCAUGUGAGACCACCUCUAGUUACAUAUGACACCAGCAUAUAUUUUGAUAAUCUGGAAAAAUACACUGAUUACAUAUUAGAAAUCACUCCAUCAACUGAAAAGGGAUUCUCUGAUACCUAUACCGCCCAACUACUCAUCAAAACUGAAGAAGAUGUACCAGAAACUUCACCAAUAAUCAACACUUUUAAAAACCUUUCCUCUACCUCAGUUCUCCUAUCAUGGGAUCCCCCAGUAAAGCCAAAUGGUGCAAUAAUAAGUUAUGAUUUAAUUUUACAAGGACCAAAUGAAAAUUAUUCUUUUAUUACUUCUGAUAACUAUAUAAUUUUGGAAGAACUUUCACCAUUUACAUUAUAUAGUUUUUUUGCUGCUGCAAGAACUGUUAAAGGACUCGGUCCUUCCAGUAUUCUUUUCUUUUACACAGAUGAGUCAGUGCCGUUAGCACCUCCUCAAAAUUUGACUUUAAUGAACUACACUUCAGACUUUGUAUGGCUGAAAUGGAGCCCCAGUCCUCUUCCAGGCGGUAUUGUUAAAAUAUACAGUCUUAAAAUUCAUGAACAUGAGAGUGAUACUAUAUCAUAUAAGAAUAUUUCAGGUUUUCAAACUGAAGCCACACUUGUUGGACUGGAACCAGUCAGCACUUACUCUGUCAGCGUAUCUGCAUUUACCAAAGUUGGAAAUGGCAAUCAAUAUAGUAAUGUAGUAAACUUCACAACCCAAGAAUCAGUUCCAGAUAUCGUGCAGAAUCUGCAGUGUACGGCAAGAAACUGGCAGUCAGUUCUAGUGACAUGGGAUCCGCCCAAGAAAUCAAAUGGAAUAAUUACACAUUAUAUGAUAACGGUUGAAAGGAAUUCUGCAAAAGCUUCUCCCCAAGAUCUCACAUACACUUUUGUAAAGCUUCUUGCCAACACCUCAUAUGUAUUCAAAGUAAGAGCUGCAACUUCGGCUGGGGAAGGCAGUGAGAGCACCUGUAGUGCCAGCACACCUCCUGAGACAGUUCCCAGUGCUCCCAGAAACAUUGCUAUUUCUGAUGUUCAGUCAACUAGUGCAACACUGACGUGGAUAAGACCCGAUACUAUCCUUGGCUACUUCCAAAAUUACAAGAUAACCACUCAGCUUCGUGCUCAAGAAUGCAGAGAAUGGCAAUCUGAAGAAUGUGUUGAGUAUCAAAAAAUUCAGUACCUUUAUGAAGCUGACCUAACUGAAGAGACAGUGUAUGGGUUAAAGAAAUUUAGAUGGUAUAGAUUCCAAGUGGCAGCCAGCACCAAUGCUGGCUAUGGCAAUGCUUCCAAUUGGAUUUCCAUAAAAACCCUGCCUGGCCCUCCAGAUGGUCCUCCUGAAAAUGUGCAAGUAGUAGCAACAUCACCUUUCAGCAUCAACAUCAGCUGGGGUGAACCUGCUGUCAUCACAGGACCAACAUACUACCUGAUUGACAUCAAAUCGGUAGAUCAUGAUGAAUUCAAUAUUUCUUUCAUCAAAUCAAAUGAAGAAAAUAAAACCAUGGAAAUUAAAGACUUAAAAAUAUUUACCAGAUAUUCUGUUGUGAUCACUGCAUUUACUGGAAAUGUAAGUGCUGCAUAUAUAGAAGGGAAGUCAAGCCCUGAAGUCAUUGUGACUACUUUAGAAUCAGCACCCAAGGAUUCACCUAACAACAUGACAUUUCAGAAGAUACCAAAUGAAGUUACAAAAUUUCAACUAACAUUCCUUCCUCCUUCUCAACCUAAUGGAAAUAUCCAAGUAUAUCAAGCACUGGUUUACCGAGAAGAUGAUCCCACAGCUGUUGAGAUUCAUAACCUCAGUAUCAUCCAGAAAACUGACACAUCCGUCAUUGCAAUGUUAGAAGGACUAAAAGGUGGACAUACAUAUAAUAUCAGUGUUUAUGCAAUCAAUAGUGCUGGUGCAGGGCCAAAAGUUCAGAUGAGGAUAACCAUGGAUAUCAAAGCUCCAGCACGACCAAAAACCAAGCCAACCCCUAUUUAUGAUGCCACAGGAAAACUUCUUGUGACUUCAACAACAAUUACAAUCAGAAUGCCAAUAUGUUAUUACAGUGAUGAUCAUGGACCAAUCAAAAACGUACAAGUGCUUGUGGCAGAAACAGGAGCUCAGCAUGAUGGAAAUGUAACAAAGUGGUAUGAUGCAUAUUUUAAUAAAGCAAGGCCAUAUUUUACAAAUGAAGGCUUCCCUAACCCUCCAUGUAUAGAAGGAAAGACAAAGUUCAGUGGCAAUGAAGAAAUCUAUGUCAUAGGUGCUGAUAACGCAUGUAUGAUUCCUGGCAAUGAAGAGAAAAUUUGCAAUGGACCUCUGAAACCAAAAAAGCAGUAUUUAUUUAAAUUUAGAGCCACAAAUGUCAUGGGACAAUUUACUGACUCUGAUUAUUCUGACCCUGUUAAGACUUUAGGUGAAGGACUUUCAGAAAGAACUGUAGAGGUCAUUCUCUCAGUCACAUUGUGUAUCCUUUCAAUAAUUCUUCUUGGAACAGCCAUAUUUGCAUUUGCAAGAAUUCGACAGAAGCAGAAAGAAGGUGGCACAUACUCUCCUCGGGAUGCAGAAAUUAUUGACACUAAAUUCAAGCUGGAUCAACUCAUCACAGUGGCAGACCUGGAGCUGAAGGAUGAGAGAUUAACUCGGUUACUUAGUUAUAGAAAAUCCAUCAAGCCAAUAAGCAAGAAAUCCUUCCUGCAACAUGUUGAAGAGCUUUGCACAAACAACAACCUAAAGUUUCAGGAAGAAUUUUCGGAAUUACCAAAAUUUCUUCAGGAUCUUUCUUCAACAGAUGCUGAUCUCCCUUGGAAUAGAGCAAAAAAUCGCUUUCCAAACAUAAAACCAUAUAAUAAUAACAGAGUGAAGUUGAUAGCUGAUGCUAGUAUUCCAGGAUCAGAUUACAUUAAUGCCAGCUAUGUUUCUGGCUACUUGUGUCCAAAUGAAUUUAUUGCUACACAAGGCCCAUUACCAGGAACAGUUGGAGAUUUUUGGAGAAUGGUGUGGGAAACCAGAGCAAAAACAUUAGUAAUGCUAACACAGUGUUUUGAAAAAGGGCGGAUAAGAUGCCAUCAGUAUUGGCCAGAGGACAACAAACCUGUUACCGUCUUUGGAGAUAUAGUGAUUACAAAGCUUAUGGAGGAUGUUCAAAUAGAUUGGACCAUCAGGGAUUUGAAAAUUGAAAGGCAUGGGGAUUACAUGACAGUUCGACAGUGUAAUUUUACUGGUUGGCCUGAACAUGGAGUUCCUGAAAACAGUACCCCUCUAAUUCACUUUGUGAAGUUGGUUCGAGCAAGCAGAGCACAUGACACCACACCUAUGAUUGUUCAUUGCAGUGCUGGGGUUGGAAGAACUGGAGUUUUUAUUGCUCUGGACCACUUGACACAGCAUAUAAAUGACCAUGACUUUGUGGACAUAUAUGGACUAGUAGCUGAAUUGAGAAGUGAAAGAAUGUGUAUGGUGCAGAACCUGGCACAGUAUAUAUUUUUACACCAGUGCAUUCUGGACCUCUUAUCAAAUAAAGGAAGUAAUCAACCUAUUUGUUUUGUUAACUAUUCUGCACUUCAGAAGAUGGACUCUCUGGAUGCCAUGGAAGGUGAUGUUGAGCUUGAAUGGGAAGAAACCACCAUGUAAAUAUUCAGAUCGGAGAUUACAACUGGAAGAUAUUUUCACAUCCCAGGGGCCAAAACUACCCCCUUGUGCUUCUGAAUUGAAAUAUAGAACCUUAAAGAAAUCUUUAUGCUUCCCUUACUGUGCCUUAUUACCUGAAGUGACGCUUUAAGGAAACUGCUAACUCACCAUAAUCACUUGUUUUUGUAUAGAGUAAAUCUCAUUCAUUUAAAAUGUUCAAGAGAAGACAUCCCAUAGGGUUUCUAAGUUCUCCAUAUUUCUGAACAAGCCAAAUAUAAAAUUAUUAUCAUACUAGCAUUAAUGUUUCAGUAUGAAUCCUCCCUAUAUAUUAGGUUUAAUUUUGAACGAAAGCCCAUAAAUGUUGAUUCAGUAGUGCUAUUUUGGCCUCCACAGUGUUGACGUUUCUUGUGGAUGACUUCCAGAACUGUCAUAAUGAUCUGUACUUCUAUGUACGCCUGUGUGUUUUGAAUCCUCUGUUUUAUGAGUGCUGAGAUAUCAUCUCCUGAUCCUGAACAGCUGAACAGUAACCCCCUGACACUGCAGGGAUUACAUAGCCUUUAUACAACACACAGUAGCUCUUUGGAGGAACUUAGGGCUAUUUAAAUUGCAUUGUGAUCUUGGGUUUGAAAAAAUGAAAAGAAAAAUUAAAAGUGCAAUUGCACAUAAUGAAGUUAUAAAGUACCUUUCUAGCUUAUAUGCAUUCGUCUGUUGUCAGGCACAAGUUGUACCACUGUAUUGUAUAUUUAAAUACAUAAAUGUAUCAGAGUAUUUGUACAUUAUAUUUAUAUUCAAUUGUUACUAACAAUUUUAAAAUGUUUCUUCAGCAGUAAUGUAUAAAAAUAGUAAUAAAAUCAUGUAGGGUGGCAUGAGCUUGUGAGCUAAUGAUGUGCUGCUGAGGUGCCAACAGACUUCUAAAUAGAUUAUAUUAAGUGGUUUUCAUUUCAUUUCCCAAGGGUGAUUAUGGACGAGUGUAUUUAGUGGAACUGAAAACAAAGAAAUUAACCAGGUUGUACCAAAGUAGAGAUUAAAAAAAAAAAAUCUUUCUGCCUCCAUUUUAUUAGAUACUGAUAUUGUACUAAAUAAAUUGAGCUAUAUGAAAUUAUUUUGUCAUAGAUUUCAAUUAAAGUUAAAAGUAAAUAGUAUUAACCAUUCUAUUUCUUCUAUAAAAAGAAUUAAAUAUUAUGCUUAUUUCUGCUGGACUAUACAUAUAGAAAAUGUGAUAGACGAUCAAAACUGAAUUUUAGUUAAUUAUUUUCCAGAAUUAUUCUGAGGUCCUUGAUUACAUAUAAAUUUGACUUUGUUUUAUAAAUCAAGAUAUAAUUGAUAAUUGUUAGUAAUAUCAUAUAUAACAUAUCUUAAUAUAAGAUGAUACUUUUCAUACAAGUGUAACAUGACAUGAUUUAUAUAAUGUAAAUAAUUAAUAUAUAAUCAUUUCCCAAGGCAUCCACAGAGAGUAAAUAGUUUUAGUAUGAAAUUGACUAUCCAACAAAUUAAGCCCUUUAGUCAAACAAGCAAUCUCUGAAACAAUAUAAAAUUUUCAUCUUUAUUUUUUCAUGGCAAGGAAAUGUAAAUAAAUACAAUCCACUAUUGUUCCAACAAACAA